UUUCCCUUCAUCUUCGCGAAGCAGUUCGGACAGUUGCCGCAGUUUGUCCGCGUGGGGUUGCGACAAAGGAUCUUGACCGAAAGAGCGAAGCUGUUUUUGGAAAAAGACGAACAAGAAGGGAUGACGAUGCACGUCGUCGACCAGGAUAGAAAUAAAGGUGUUAAUACAUCUACAGGAGCUGAUUCUGCUGACCCGUCCUCUUCGACACAGGAGAGGACUGCAACAUCACCUUCACCGUGGAAAGUACUGCAGGAGAAAUAUUUGGACAAAAGAACCGCACAAGAACACGGAAAAAAUAAAGGCGAGUUCACACUGUCAGACCGGGAGAUUCAGUUCAAGUACAGUAACGAUCUACGGCAUCGCUACCUCAUCGAGUUCACCGUUUUGAUUUACACGGCGGCGUUGGAGUUGGCAACCGUCUCCGACCUAGACAUGCGGACAGAUCCGACAGUGUUUUUGAGCCCUGCGGAGAAAAAUGAUGAUAUUCCCGAGAUGAAUAACGGAAACCCAUCGGGUAUGAACGACAGCAGUUUGGUGAAGAUGUUCUUUGCUCACCGCAUGCUACCGGAGAAAACGUUCGGAGGUGAUAUUCAUUUUAGUACUUCCACAAGUGCUUCUGGCAGAAGUACUACAAGAACUUCUACGAGGGAGCAACAAGCACGAGGACCCUCAGCAGCCCGAAGGUCAUCAAGAACAUCGAAUGGCGAAAAUCAAGGGAGCACGUCGGAGGAAAUGACUCCCCCCUCCUCCCUGAGCGGGAACCACUGGGUGAUGCAGCAGGAUUGGGUCGACGAAAUCACCGGUAGAAAUGAGGAAAGGAGAACAAGACAAGCCCAAGGCGGAACAAGAAGAACCUCCUUCCGACCCGAAGAUACGUUGAGAAACGAAAUGGAAGAGGAUAUCAAGAAAGAACUUUUGCGUGCCGGGGAACUUCCUUUUGUGCCCUAUUUGUUGUGGAAAGACGAGGAGUUGUCGUUUCCGUUCGGAAAAGGGUUGCUGCUGGACAUUUUCAGGACCACGGAGCUGCCUGCGGAACAAAAACUUGUAGGAGGAGGAAAUGUUGAAAGGAAAAGCAAGAACCAAGAGGGGGCACCAGCUCAACAUGAUCCUGCUUCGGCCAAUAGUUUCUUGUUUGACGACGGCCCAACACCUGACGUUUUCAAAGAAAAAAACGAUCUUCCCCCUGCUUCGAGCGAAGAUCUUCCAGCUUCUUCUCGCCAGCAGAGUGUUAGUACGGUCAGCACUCCUGAAGAUGUCAACAUCAUCAACCAGAACAACCGGAAAAAACAUCACUUCGCUCUCUGGUACCGGGACUGGCUCAAGUUUGCGCACCGACUGGACAAACUUGGAGACUACACGCCCGAAGAGCUGCACUUUAACCAGGACACUCAGUUUCGCAGGUCCUUCGUUCUGAAAGACGCGCACCAGGAAUUCGCCAGCAAGCGCCACGGCUGGGUGUCCUUUAAGAAGAUGCCGACGCGGUUGGCUUUAAUCCUGGGCCGCAUGCUGUACCUCCAGUACUACUUCCCGCUGCUGGUGCGCUACCUGUGGGAGGCGCUGCCCGUUUUUUUCCUGAAGGCCUGCCGCGGGUUCACGGACAUUUUCACGGAUAUCAAAUGCAAAAAUGUCUGGGUCUGGAAAAAUGCAAGAUUUGUGAUGCAGGUUUUCCACGACCCAUGAGGUCUGGAAUGCGAGACCCAGCAUGACAGAUUCUUUGAGGUCUCUAUCAUGCCUUUCCUGCAUGAGAAACUCCCUCUCAACUUGGUCAAAAGCGGACAGCUUUUGGCACUCACGCAACACAGAUUUUUGCAUCAUUCAGAUUUAGCAUGACAAGUUCUAAUCUUCCAGACCCAGACAUUUUUACAUUUGAUAACGGAUGACUACAGCUUGUACGCUGUUUUGAACAACCGGAGCAGCAAAAAGGAGCGCAACCGCGAGGGAGACGACUGGUUUCCCGAAGAUUUUGAGGUAGACCCUGUGCAUCUUCUAUUCUGCGUAAAAACGUCCCCACCCCAUAGUCAAGAUGGGAAAUCUGUUAGUCAGAUCCACAAGGCUUGGUUGUUGCGCAUGACAAAUUUGGGCUCAGAGUGUAAUCCUGUUUAGCUGGUUCACUAGCAUCACAAAUCUAGCACAUCAUGCUGAUUGGAGCAUAACAAAUCCCGAAACACGAUCAGAAAAUGCUUCUCAUGGGGCUCCGCAUGACAAACAUCUUCAGCAUGCAGAAUUGCAUGACAACUAUGGGGUGGGGACGUUUUUACUCAGGAUAUCUUCCCGGCCAGGGAUCGGAACCUCCGCCCGACGUCCGUGACCUGCCGCCCUACUACGAAGCCGUGCUACGGACCGGGCUCCACUCCGCGCAAUUGGAUGACUUAGUUAAGGGGCACAAGUUAUGCAUUGCAAAUAUGUCUGGGUCUGGAAGGAUGCAAGGUUUGUCAUGCUUGUCUGGCAUGACUGAAGAGUUUGUGAUGCGUGUCCAAGAAGAGACCCCCUUGCUUGUCAUGCAAAACGCAGUUUGGCAUGCGGAAAGCGCAACACUAAGCCGCGUAAAAAUUUCUCAUGUUGACUGUGCAUUACAGAAAAUUCACUAUUCACAAAUCAGCAUUACAAGUUUCCAGACCCAGACAUUUUUGCAGUGCAUACAAGUUGGUGAACAAAGAUGUGAUCAGACACGAGUUUUUCUACGACCGGGAUAACAAAUUUUCCACCUUCCUCCCCGCCCUGUACCUAAAAGCCUAUCUGGCGGUCGUGCACCGCAUGAUUAUCUACGCCCGGUACGAGAACGACGAGCUGUCGCGAGACGAGAAAGACUUGCUGAAUUGGGAAAACGGCCUGGGGUUGCGGUUCCGGUUUCCCUACAAACCAGCUACGAGCUCGCUUUCUACUGGUACAGAGGACGAGGCGGGCCGCGACAUCGUAAUAAAUUCCGACUACAAGUUUCUGCAACUGCGGUACCACGUGUGGCAACACGGAAUUCGGCUGCGGAACCAAUAUAAAAAUGAAAAAUCCCCCUCCCCAUAUUGAAAAGUUAUGUUUCCGAAAAUUUGUGUUGCUGAUUUGAGGUCACAAAUCACAUGUGUCUUGCAAGACGACAAGGGCAGAAGCUUCCGCCCCAUCAUGGAAGCGGUUUGUCAUGCUGUUGGGCUUAAAGGGGAGCCGUUUGCCAUGCUGAACAACUAGACCCAUACGCCCCUACCUGGCCUUGGGAUCUGGCCGCAGUGCCUUCCUGCAAUACAACGCUGCUUGGUGUAGACAAACCUAGCAUCAGAAAUUUCGUUUUGAUAUGAGGAGGGGGGAUUUUUCCUUGCAAUAACCAACACGCGUUCACGAAAAACUUUUUCGACGUGCUGGCGGAGAAGCUACUAUGAAAUGUAAAAAUGUCUGGGUCUGGAAGAUUGCAACAUGUCAUGCUAAAUCUGCAGCAUGCAAAAAUCUGUGUUGCACGAUUACCAAAAGUCGUCCAGUUUUGACCAUGUCGGGAGGGAGUUUCUCAUGCAGGAUAGGCAUGAGAAAGGUCUCGCAGAAUCUGUCAUGCUAGGUCCUGCAUUCCAGACCUCAUGGGUCAUGGAAAAGCAGCAUGACAAAUCGCGCAUUCUUCCAGAGAGACCCAGACAUUUUUGCAUUUGAUAGCUACUGCCCUCUUACAACAGCGAGUUCGUGACGAAAUUGCUACUCAAGGAGAUGACCUACAUUCACACGGAUUACAACAUCAAGGGCGAGAUUCAGAAGAAGCUUUUGGUCGGGAUCCAGUACGGGCUGCGGGAUCACAGGGACAACGAUACGUCGCUGAACGCUGGCAUUGUGUUGCCCACCCGGGAGUCCUACGAUUUGAUCCGGGAUAUUAAUUGGUACUGGGACAAGUUUCGACAGAGGAAAAACUUGGUUUUCAGCAUCGCAGACCGGAUCACAGACCCGAAGACGAACUGGAUCUUGUUUCCGGCCGCGCAAUAUGGACGAGAUCAAGAUGGUGUUGAAAAGAAGCGAAGUCUCCUUUUGCACAGUAGACCGACGCAGGCCCUAGAAAACCCGAUGAGCGAGAAAGUUUUCUACGCCAACUAUCCAAUCAUCCCGGUGAAGCCGACGGACAAAUUCGCGUCUCUGCUGGGGUACGCGGAGACUAUGGAAAUCGCGUGGCAAAAGCGGUACAUCGGCUCAGCGGACAUCGACACGACCAGCAGCGAUGAGGACAGAAGUGAUCAUGCUAGAGAAGAUGAUGAAGAUGUUGACACAUCAGAUAGAGAUAGUGAGGAGGAGAUGCAGCGAGUGCAUGCCCUGCCUCCGGAUGCACGAGAAGCACAUGUUGAUGUUUCCGCGAAAAGGGAGGAGGUUUUGAAAAGUUUACUGGAAUACACGAAGUCGAAUCUCCACGAUUUCCGGCAUGUUUUACACGGCGGGAAAAUGAAAUUCCUGGACUUCGUCGGCGUUUUCGGCGAAAUCGCGGACGACCUCCCGGCGGACCUCCGAGCCCGGCGGGACCGACAGCGCCGCAACAACUACCGACCGGUGCCGUCUUUUCCUUUUCGGCCGAGGCUGUUCGGGAAAUUUGUGCUGGACGUGCUGUAUCAGGCCGUGCUGCCGAAGCUGGCGCAUUUGCUGGAACUGUACAAUAAGCCCUGGAAAGUACGGGAUGAUUUUGUCGUGGAGAAAAACGAUUUGUGGUGGAUGUUCGGCGAGAGUUCUUCUCAUGAUGAUGCUGGGUCGUCGACAUCGUCGUCGCGAGAAGUGGAGAGAAGUGGUAGUACUACGUCAAGACCUUGUAGUUCUACUCAGGAAUCUCAUACUAGGGCGACGAGUGGUGCUAUCAGAAGUUCUCGACCUACUCCUGCUUCGGGAACACCAAGUUCCUCAGGAGCUCCUAACGGUAGUGCAGCGCUAGAACUAAUCCCUCCUCCUCCACCGGGGCGGCCGCCCCGAGCUGCAGCUGCUGGAAACGACAACUCUGCGAUAGGAGCACAACCACCUACUAGCUCAUCAACAAGGCUGUGUAGAAGUAGUAGUGCGACCAUGUCCACCUCCCAAAUGCAGCGGCUUGUUGCCUCUCGUCGGUUGACCACGCGAAAGCAGAUCCAGAACCGGCUGCGAGAAAAAAUCGAAGCUGGGAUCGUCUUUGACGACGAGCCUACUGAGCCAACAAGUCAUCUGAGUGCAGCUGGACAAGAACCAUCGUACUACACAGGAACUAUGACUGGACAACCACCUCCUCCUGUCGUUGGCGCUUCGCUUUUAACUUCUACUGCCAGUUGUACUAGGCAGCAGCCGAUUCAUCCGCCCUCCGUUGUACUACCUCCCACAGGAGGGGUUCUUGUACACGGUAGAAUAAAUAGCAAAGAACGAGAAUUAAACCUGUGCAAUUUCGUGUUGGACGCGGUUACCCGGGUUUUCCUCCCGCCGAAGGUGCAAGUGGUCCCUCUUGGCAGGAGAACAGACCGCGACGAUACUGGCUUUAGUCUUCUCAGGAAUCCACGACAGCAGGCGCGACGAGACGUUAUGCGCGACACCGACGAGGAUCGAACCUUGCUGACGAAAGCAGUCCUAUACGAGGCGUUGAAACAGCAGAGCGAAGCUUGUGGAACGAAUUUUCUCGCCCGGCACAAGGAUCUGGAGGACCUGGUUUAUUUUACUAGGAGAACCACUUCGCAAGGACGACGAGUUUCGGGAUUAUUUGGACGGUCCUCAAAUCCACCUGCGAACAACGUUUUCACCGAUGUCGCCAUCCACGUGCUGCAAGAGUGGGAGAUUGAGGAGCAGCGGUAUUUAGAAGGAACAGGAACUACUGCUGCAGUCGCAGCAGGUUCCGAAAUGUUGAAUUUCUACCCAGCCUCGCAGUUCCAGAAAUCGGUCUUCCAACUGUCAAGCAGUCUCGAAGAGGAAAAAAAAGCUCGCGAUGAACAAGAAGCGGCCGCCGCGGCUGCUAAUGCUAUGGCUCAUCAAGAGGAAAUCCGAGAACAACAAACUCGAAGGGCAGAUGAAAUCGUGCGAAGUUUGAAGCUGACGGCAAAACAAAAAAUGAGGAACUUGUGGCGCGGGGCGAAGGGGAAGGUCAAGAAAGUUUUUAAGAAGAACUCAGACACAAUGAGCAGCAACGCAAUCCAGGCUUUGGCUUUGCAUCGAGCAGUUGCAGAAGAACUGCUCGCAGCAGCAGCAGGGGGUCGUCACCACGAACAGCAGCCAAACUUUCAAGAAGGAGGCAGUAAACCGAGUCAACAAAUUUUGGAAGACUACAUUCAGAAUCAGGAGCCCAAGCCGCGUGAUGAAGAUGUGAAGACUUCUAUGCAGGAGCCUUUCAGCGCAAAAGAACGCUCGGCAAGCAGAAAUGGCCUGUCCUCGCUGACCCUGAGGGACUCCAUGUUCGAGGGUACUAGUAAAAAGGAGAAGUAGCCAGAACAAUCGCUAGGUGUUAAUAUUUCUCGAGGCUUUAUUACAGCUUCAGCUCCUGAAAGCCGUGGUCCACCUCCCCUGCCGUCAGCAGCAAAGAGUUACUAUAUCGAAGCGGCAGGUGGUACUAGUACUACCGGGACCAAGAUUCCGUAUCGCGAGCGGGUGAUCCCGUUGUUUCAUCCCGAUUUAGACGAAGAUGACCAUUUCUUUGACUUGAUCUCAGAUCCGCUAGUUCUCUCUCUGGUUAAUGCGAAAAAGUCGCGGACGAGCCUACGGCUGAGCGACAGCACGGGACUGUUGACAUCUUUUGGAGGUGGAUCAGACAGCACCGCGACAGGAGCAGGAGCAGCUCCCACCAGCGCUAGAAGCACGUGGUCUUCUUCUUCUCACGCCGGUAGUGUUGCACCGGGCUCCUUUGCUAGCGGCAGCGGUAGCAGUAGUGGCACAACUGCUAGCGCCGUGGCCCCGUCUUGGUCCUCCUCCAAUUUACAGUGGUCUUCCAACAGUAGCGAUGCGGGAGGCACCAGUAGUGCUGGCUCUACUUAUUUGCGGUCUUUUGGAGACGGAGUUGAUCAAGUUGGUUCUCGUGAGCAGACCACGGAUGAUUACGUUCUAUCAUCCCUUCGGAACAACAACUUCUAUCACUCUUUCGGAAGGACGAUGAAUCAAGAAAAAGAAAGCGAAAGACGACACUUGCAACAAACAACAAAGGAAGCGCUAGCUGAAAUAAUUGUGCCGGUCCCGAAGCUUCUGGAAGACAAAGAAGGACGACAAUUAGGUCGGAAAAAACAGCCACUCUUUCCUGACGAUCUUACGAGCGCGGGACCGGGAGAAACAGGUAUAUUAUAGUGCCGCAGAAGAACUCAAUCUCGGGAGACGAGGCCGCGGAUGAAAUGAUUGUGUAAAAUGAUCUUUGAUUUAUUUUCGGGGUUUGUUCUUGUUCAGGUGGAGGUCAGGUCGAUAAUGAAUCACAAUCGGGGCCGCGGGCGCUUCGCUUCCGAAAAAGCUCUACUUCGACUCACCUACUACAGAACAAACACAAAUAGAAAGGCAUCUCAAUCACAUUUUUAGCACGACUACGUUUGACCUUUUUUUCAUUUCCAUCUGUUCUACAACUUCUAGACAGGUACCUUAUUCAUCUAAACUUCUUCGGCAGUGAGUGCUUCUUGUCUAUUGGCAUAAAAGGCAAACAACUGGAUGAGCAGAACAUUACAAGAACGAAAAGCACUACAUGCAAGCGCAACUACGGAUCUUCCCAUCUCAGUCGGACUGAGAUGAGGAGGAUCCUACGGCAGAAGUGAAAUUGGCAAACCGCAGUUGGUAAAAACCUAAACCAUCUGAACUGUUGCUACGAUAACGAGCUGGGACUGCCCGGCCUCCACUAGAACAAGAACGCAAUUUGUAGUUUUUGCUACUUACGGUGUAAGAUUUCAUCAAAUUUUUUAGCGACCUACCUAUUUAGGAAUGAGAUGACCAGACGAUGAUUUGCUCAUUGGCUGCGAAGAUGCUUAUCGACGAAAGGCUCUAGCAGUGCUGCUGUGCUUUGAUCGAAGAGCGAUAUAAAACGUGCUCUAUGUAUCCCUGGAUCCAGCCUUUAUUGUGGAUAGAUACAACAUAGGCAUAGCGACGUGGAUUCAGGGACAUAUUGCGCUGCAUCUGGAGCCAAUCUAGUCUAUUCUAUUCGCAUUCAUUAUCAUUGCUGGGUCGAAAAAAAGACGCACAAGAUGUUGAGCAUUGCAAUUGUAUGGAAAUUAUCUCUGAUCGUGAUGUCCACUACUUCUAAAUUAUGUAUGAAGACUGUAAACAUUUAAACAAAUUUCCACUGUGUGAUUAUAAUGGAAAGGGAUAAAGUAGUUGGGACAUUUAUUUUGCAGCGCGCGGUGCCGGUGUUGCUUUUGCAAAAGCAAAACUAACUCCGAAUGCUGGAAUGAAAUUCUUUUGGACCACAU